AUGAGAAUCAUUAUUGAAGAGCAUCCAAACGUGUUGGACGUUUCGGAGUUGUUACGCCCGGAGCCCAAGUUUGUCGAUAAGGAGGUGUCCAAGUUCCGGGAUUACACAGUGGACGAGAAUGAUCCGCUCAAGGAGCGUGUCCGGCGCACUUACAAGCUUAUGCAUACCCAUCAAACGGUUGACUUUGUGAAAGGUCGCCAUGCCGAUUGGCUCAAGUUUGAUCAUUUCAAAGCAACUAUCCGGCAAGCGCUGGAAAAGCUCAACGAUCUAGUUGAUGAGUCAGAUCCGGAUCUGGAUCUGCCGAACAUUGUGCACGCCUUCCAGACGGCUGAGCGUGCGCGUGAAGAGUUCCCGGAGUUGGACUGGCUGCAUCUGACCGGGCUGAUACACGAUCUAGGCAAAGUGAUGGCUUUUUACGGUGAACCGCAGUGGGCCGUAGUGGGCGAUACGUUCCCAGUUGGAUGUGAAUGGGGUCCGAGCAUUGUAUAUCGGGAGGAUAGCUUCGUUGAUAAUCCGGACGGUGAUAAUCCAAAGUACAAUACUAAAAAUGGUAUGUACCAGCCCAACUGUGGAUUGGAGCAGUUGACCAUGUCCUGGGGCCACGACGAAUAUUUAUAUCGGGUGCUGAAGCACAACGGAAGUACGCUUCCGGAGCAGGCAUUGCACAUGAUUCGCUACCAUUCGUUCUAUCCCUGGCAUUCCGGUGGAGACUACCAUCAUCUGACCAACGAGAAGGACGAGCAAACCAAGCAAUGGGUGUUGAUGUUCAACCGGUAUGAUCUGUACACUAAAUCGACCACACUGCCGGAUAUCGAUGCAUUGUGGCCAUACUAUCAAGGAUUAAUCGACAAGUAUUGUCCAGGAGAGCUGGCAUUUUAA